UCACAACAAGGAGGUUAAGGUUGCAGAAUGGAGAGGAGUUUCCUUCCAGGCUUAAGCAAUGGCAAGGAAAGACUUUGCAAAACAGAAAUAGGGCCAAGCAUCAGAAAACUUUGGAGUUUGCAACUGAUGCAAAAGCUACCAGCUUAAAAGAGACCCGAUUGCCAUGGCUGCGGUGGACAGCUUUCCCCUCCUGCUCCGGGAGAUUGGACGCUCCUGCAACUCGUACAUCGAGACCUUGGCUCUUGUUGGGGCGUUCUAUAUAGCCAAGACCUGCCUCUCUCUCCUGGGCGAUGCUUACACUUUGAUCCGGGUGCAUUUCGUUCCCAGGCUGCUCAGAAAGGCCGAUUUCGUCAAGCUGUACGGGAAAUGGGCCAUCGUCACAGGUUGCACUUCAGGCAUUGGCAAAGCCUAUGCCGACGAGUUGGCAAGCUGCGGGGUGAACGUCAUCUUAAUCAGCCGAAACCGGGAGAAACUGGAAGCGGUGGCCAAAGAUCUGGAGGAAUCUCACCAGAUUGAGACGGCAAUCGUGGUGGCGGACUUCAGCCACGGCCGCGAAGUUUACCCGUCCAUCGCGAAAGCCCUUGAAGGCAAAGAGAUCGGCAUCCUGGUGAACAACGCCGGGGUUUUCUACGACCACCUGGGCUGCUUCACCACCCUGAGCGAGCAGCACAUUUGGGACUUGAUCAACGUGAACGUCGGGGCGGCGAACAUGAUGGUGCACCUGGUGCUGCCGGGGAUGGUGCAGCGCAAGAAGGGCGCCAUCGUGAACGUGUCUUCGCUGAGCUGCAUCCACCCCUCUCCUGAAAUGACCGCUUACUCCGCCUCCAAGGCGUAUCUGGACCAUUUCAGCCGAGCGCUUUAUUACGAGUACGCUCCCAAGGGCAUCUUUGUUCAGAGCUUGAUUCCGGGCUUCAUCCACACCAAAAUGAUCAAGCACAUCAGCCUCUUCUCCCAAGAGAGCCUCUUCGUGCCUUCUGCAGAGGAGUAUGCGCGCCAGGCCAUCACCACCCUGGGAGUAGCCAAGAGGACCACCGGAUAUUGGCCACAUACAAUUAUGCUUAUGUUUGGACGUCACCUACCAGAAUGGCUCUGGUUUUGGGGGAUCAAGCGCAUCCAUCUUUCGGAGAAGAGGACACAUUGAGGCGGGGGAAAAGCGUCCUGAACGAUCAUCCGGAGAGACACGAUCACACCUUGCAACUUAAGUGUGGUUGAUCCCGACACAAACUCCAUGACCAAAGACUUAGAGGGCGUUCUCUGUUUUUGCUUCUUAGCGCAUCUUAGAGCAAAGUAGGUAGGAAGGAAGAAACAAACCUGUUUUGGGAGCUGGCUUGCUUUGUCGGAAGGUCAGAUUUUUUGAUAAUGCAACCGGUGAUUCUGGUUUGGAUGCUUUGGAUGCAGAACGAGGCAGCAUUAAGAAAGCCAAACGGGGUUCUUAAGCAACUGACCUUCACUGAUACGAUGAGAAUGGGGAAGAUGUGAAUCUUAUUUUCUCUCUUCUUAUCAUAAUAAUGUAUCUUAUAUCCAAAUGGUGUGCUUCGUAUUCAAUAAAAUAUUUUAGUCUCCUUUGAUGACAGAAGGUAUAAGAAGCUAUAUAAUAUUUAAAUACAGGCUUUAAUAAAUAUUCGUUUAAUUUC